UCGUUGUAUUGCAAAAGGGAUAGGAAAGCCGAGAUCGCUUUCAUGUAGGGUGAGGAGGGAAGAGGAGAGCCGACAGCACAAACUGACAACCAGCCUUACCAAAAAAAAAGCGACAAAACCAGACGGAGAGAGAGGGAAGGAGAAGAAGAAGAAAACAAAGUUAGCAGGAGAGAGGUUCAUAUCAACUGCUACUUCCUCUCUCUCUCUCUCUCUCUCUCUCUUUCUCUCCCUCUCCCCCCUGCACAUCGGCGAAAAGAUAGAGAUGAAGAGCAAAAGCUUCCUCCCAGAUCUCUCAAUUGCGGCUUUGUUUGUGGUUGCUCAUAUCUUCGUCUCUUCUUGCGCGCUGAAGCAAGGACAAAUCUGUGUUGAUGACAUAAACUGUGAUGCCGGAUUACAUUGCCAAAGGUGCGGGACAAACAGCAACGCCCAGUCGAGAUGUGCUCGAAACCAACCGUUCAACCCGACAUCGAAGGUGAAAGGGCUGCCAUUCAAUCGAUAUUCAUGGCUAACGACGCACAACUCGUUUUCUCUCUUGGGAGCCAAGCCGGCCAUAGGAUCAACUCUUUUGGCACCCCGAAACCAGGAAGAUUCCAUUACAAGUCAGUUCAACAAUGGAGUUAGGGGAUUGAUGCUUGAUAUGUACGACUUCGAAAACGACAUCUGGUUGUGUCAUUCCUUUGGUGGAAAAUGUUAUAACGUCACUGCAUUUCAACCUGCUAUUAACGUGUUGAAAGAGGUUCAAGUUUUUCUCGAAGCAAAUCCUACUGAAAUUGUCACCAUCUUCAUUGAAGACUAUGUCUCAUCACCACAAGGACUGACCAAGGUUUUCAAUGCUGCCGGCCUUAGGAAAUAUUGGUUUCCAGUGUCUAGAAUGCCCAAGAAUGGUGCAGACUGGCCCACGGUUGACGACAUGGUCCAACAGAAUCAGCGUUUGGUGGUCUUCACCUCUAAAUCAAAUAAGGAAGCCUCUGAGGGGAUCGCGUAUGAAUGGGCAUACAUUGUAGAGAAUCAAUAUGGCAGUGUUGGAUUGGAAGCGGGUACUUGUACGAACCGUGAAGAAUCAUCUCCCAUGAAUGCAAAGACGAGAUCACUUGUCCUGCAGAACAAUUUCCCUGAUAACCCAAACUCGGACCAAGCUUGUGCAUAUAAUUCAAAAACUCUUAUUGGCAUGAUGAACUCUUGUUAUGAAGCGGCUGGAAAAAGAUGGCCAAAUUUUAUUGCUGUUGAUUUCUACAAGAGGAGUGAUGGAGGAGGAACUCCAGAAGCUCUAGAUAUAGCAAAUGGUCAUCUAACGUGUGGGUGUGCCAAUAUAGCCUACUGCAAGGCCAAUGCGACUUUUGGAACGUGCGAUAUCCCUGUUGCCAGUCCCGCGUCUGCCCCUACAGCUGCAGCGGCCACCGAUUUUAGUGUUGCUUCCUCAACUACAUCGUUCCAUUUGCAAUGGUUGUUUUCGACUCUUUCGCUGGUUGUUUUCUUGUCACAACGAGUAUAGGCUUUACUUCGCAUUAAUUUUAUCAAAAUGGCGUGAAGGGCAUGUGCCAUGCACGUGUAUACAUAAAACAAAAUAAAAUGAAACAACAAAAAAUUUUAUUUGUGUAACCAUUAUUUGUAAUAUUCACAUUAAGCCACCACACGGCAUGUCUCAUGAUGACCCCUAAUAAACAGUUUAUUACAAAUAA